AUGUCACGUGACGGUCUGGAGCUAAAAAGCGAGAAAUGGAAGCAUGCCUAUAGACAGAGCACAAAGGGGGAAUGUCAAAAGCAUAGUAAUCUAUAUUGUUUGGGAGUCUAUGGAAGGGAACGGGGAGCCGUAGAGGGAUUUUUGGGAGAGUUGAGUAACGCGGUAACGGCACUGACGACCAGGACAACCUGGCACGACUUUAUCUCUAGCGACAGCCCCUUGGGCAAGUAUGCUUUAGGUAGGAUUGACCGGGAAGGGAACUGGAAGAGGAUAUUGAGCUGCGUCAUGUCAGAGGCCCUGCAGAUGAGCAGACUCCAAGGCGAAGGAAGGCCCAAAACUGAGGGACUUUGGAGCACGGGACUCUGGGGUAAAGUGUUAAGAGGAGAGACAGGUGAUGAUUGGUCAGACUCCACAAAGGGACAGGGGAUGAUGAUGGCAAUAGGAUGUGUAAUAGGAGCUAUGAUGAUGGAUGAAGGGAGGCAGGGGGAUCUACCUGAGGACGUCAGGAAGAUUUGCACCCAAAUCUGGGAGACGGUGGCACUAGACCUGCAACAGGAAGACAAGCCCGACGUAUCCAAAGAGAUAACAGAUUUGGGAGGGUUCUUAAGACAAAUUCAAGAGGUGAGAGGAGGGGAACAAGGGAGGUAUCAUGGUCUUGGGUUUCUUUUGAGUAUAUAUUAUGGAUUGAGCAGGUGCUGUGCAUAUAAGGGGAAGUAUGAGUUGAGUAGAAUCCUGAGGAGAAGUGGUUGGGAGUUAGGAAACAUGGGUGCGUGUCAUAUAAGGGGCCAAGUCUUCACGUGCAGGGGUGACCCGCAGGGGGUCCAAGAUGCCACACUAAACAUCUGGACCAGGCAUCCAAAGAGUUUGAUAACGAGUCAAUUAAGGCCCCCACCUAAGUCCGCGAGUCUCAAGGAUGGUAAAACGGGAAAGGAGCUGCCAUCGGGUCCCCCCAGCAAGCAAAUGAGCCAAAGGGACCAAGAAACAGCGGAAAAAUUGGCGGCCAUCAUGCAGGGAAGAACUCCAAAUCAAGGCAUAGUGGCAGUCACAGGAAAAGCGACUGGACUCUCAAGCCAGGACAUACAGAGACCUCUGGACGGGCUGAAGCAGGGCUCAGCAGCCAAGUCUCAAGGCCCAGAGCACCGUUCCCAGGAAAAUUCAAUGGUACCAGGAACGGAGAGUGUUGGUCCUAGAGUGACUGAGUCUUCAGAAGAGAAGGAUGCAAGGGAAAUCCCGACAAUAAAGCCAGCGGCCCCAGGGCCCCAAGAAGGUAGCGAACAACUCCCUAGACAAGGGGCAGGAGGUGAUGUACAAAUCAGGCAGGGACAAGGACCUCCGAUAAUCCCCCCAGUGCUAGACGAAGGACACGACGAGCUGCCAGGCCCCUUACCAGAUGAGUCAGCUAUUUCCGGAUCCGAAGGAGCAGUAAUAGGGGGGGUUCUGGCCUCACUCCUGGCAGUAGGGAGUUUUUAUGGUCUCUCCAGGAUAUAUAACAGGCGAAUGUGGAGCAGGGUGGCCUUAAAAAUAAAAAGGAACAAACCAGGAGCAAGGGUAGGGUACCAAAGUUAUCGAGGGAAAACGUAG